ACACACAUUCGAUAAUAUUAAAGCAUUGUGUAUUAAUCUUGCAGGUACACGAGUUUACAAGUUAGUUUAAUAGUUUUCAAUAAUAUUAUUUUAUUAUAAAUCACCAUAAUUGUAGAUUUACCACCAGUGGCAGUUGUCGCUUCUUUUCGAUUUGAAAUAAACAGUCUUUUACGCUGUGGAAAAAAAAACAAACAGUUCAGUUAGAAAUAGUGUCAGCGGUUCAAAAGGCCACAGAAGUAAAACAGCGUCAGAUACGAGAUGUUAAAAAGUUGAAACAAGUUACCUUUGACGUCCAACACGACAGGCGGCCUCCCGCGGACUUCAGCCGCUGCUUCGCCAGCUUUGACGCCUUCGAAGAACACCCUUUGUAACACUUCUCGCACGUCGUUCAUCUGCAGCAGUUCCGCAUCACUCUGUUCUCGGGUGACAAUCGAUUGUUCUGCACAUGGCACGUUCAUACGAACAGGCUGUCUCCUGCGGUGUACUAUCCUGCCUUCGUCCAAAUCGUCGUCAUAUACGUAAUGUGGUUGCUUGAGCACGACAAAACCGCCGGACAGUUUUCGUUGUUGAAUGAACAUGACGGGGGUCUCGGGUUUAUCGUACAGGACAGUCUGUCGCUCACGAAACACCACUGGUUUCUCACGGACUACCACUGGUUGUUCCCGGUACACGACAGGCCGUUCUCGGUACACGACCUGUUUGUCUUGCACGGCCACGUCGUCGUUGCCGGACGACGCUAAACGCGACAUGGUAGCGGUCGGCCCACACGAUCUGGCCGACGACCGUCCCAAAGCGCGAUCAAUGGCCGACGCGCACCUAUGUUCGCGGUCGCUACCAGCCUGUCUGGAGUCCCUAUUCUUGAUGUCCGCGUUGCCGUCACGGUUUUCUGGUAUGUGCUCGUCGUCCCCGUUGGCCGCUUCCGCGAUUAUAGUUGACGUUUCAUUUUCGCUCUUUUCGGCGGUUGUCCUCUCGUUGGCCGGCGCUCUUCGAUCGUUGUUGUUGUUGGCCGGUGCACCAUCGCAGACGACGGCGGUGAUGACCGCCACCAACAGCACCAGCAACACCGUUCCGUGACACUUUCCUGUUGACAUCAUCGUUCGACAGCGGGUGGACUUGAGGGACUCGUUGCACUAGUUGGUCUGCACUGUCCGAUGUGACCCAGAAGACAUUCGAUUACUGUGAAUGAUGAUGACAUCAUACGAUGUCGCAAUAGAUGGUACGCCGUCCUGGGAAACCGGCUGUAAACGUAUAUUCUUUAGUGCUGUUGAAGAAUCGCCGAGUUUACCUGUUUCUAUUAAAUAACACUGUGAUGAUGUUUCGCUUGUUAUUCGAAAAACAAUGGCCGCUUAACGCCAAGUCCAUGUCUACUACUAAGAGUUCUCAUUUAAUGAAUGUACUGACGGACUCGUUUGGAAGGAAGCACAACUAUCUUCGAGUAUCUCUGACCGAACGUUGUAAUUUAAGAUGCGAAUACUGCAUGCCGGCAGAUGGAAUAAAGCUGUCAAACAGAGACAAUUUACUCACUACUGAGGAAACGGUACGGUUAGUGGGUAUUUUUGUUAAAAAUGGAGUCGAUAAAGUCCGAAUUACUGGUGGAGAGCCGACCGUGAGGAAAGACAUAGUCCACAUCGUCGCAGAAUCUCUCAAGUGUUUCAAGAGUUUGCGGACGAUCGCCAUGACCACUAACGGGUUGACCCUGACGAAAACCUUGGUGCACUUACAGCGGGCUGGCUUAAAUGCUCUGAACGUAAGUAUGGACACUCUGCAACCGGCCAAAUACGAAAAGAUCACCAGACGCGAUGGUCGGCUACUCAAACGGGUGUUGGCCGGAAUCGAUUUGGCCUUGCAGCUCGGUUUCAGCCCGGUCAAGGUCAACUGUGUGUUGAUGCGAGAUUUCAAUGCCAACGAACUUUGUGACUUCGUGGAAGCCACUCGGCACCGUGACGUUCAUUUUAGGUUUAUCGAGUUUAUGCCAUUCUCUAAAAACGACUGGGACGAACGACAAUUGGUCCCGUACAAAGAAGCCAUCCGGGAAAUCAGCAAGUCUUAUCCAAAUUUCGGACCUUGCGAUCACGACGACCCUAAUUCGACUUCAAAGAUGUACCGGGUGCCGGAUUUUGCGGGCAAAGUGGGUUUUAUAUCUUCGAUGACGAGCGACUACUGCGACAGCUGCAACCGUCUAAGACUGAUGGCCGACGGCAACCUGAAAUCGUGUCUGUUCCAAAACGAUGAAAUCAAUCUCAGAGAUCCACUCCGCAGAGGAGCGCCGGAAGAGGAACUGCUGAAUAUCAUAUCGGAUGCAGUAAAAGCUAAAAAACGAAAACACGCUGCAAAUGGCUUAUCGUCGGUCAACACUCGGACUACUCGGACGAACAACAAGAUUAGAUCACUACUAUCAAGACCAGAUGAUCCGGGCUGGAACACCGUCAUCAUUCGUCGAUGCCACGAACUCACCCACGUUGACCCCGAGUCCGGCAAGGCUCGCAUGGUGGACGUGACCGGUAAGCCGGCCACUCGUCGCACGGCCACGGCCACGGCCUUAGUAAAACUAAACCGGACAGCCGUUGAGUUGAUACAAGAAAAUACGAUGAAAAAAGGGGACGUGCUGGCCGUGGCGCAGCUGGCGGGUAUUUGUGCGGCCAAGAAGACAUGGGAUUUGAUACCGCUGUGCCAUCAGGUCCGGUUGGACGGAGUAUCGGUUGUCGUCCGGUUGGACCGUGAGGAGUCGGCGGUCACCGUGACCGCGACCGCCGUUACCGAAGACCGGACCGGCGUGGAAAUGGAAGCACUGACUGCUUGCACAGUGGCUGCCCUAACCGUGUACGACAUGUGUAAAGCUGUCAGCAAGCACACGGUGAUCGAAAGCGUCCGGUUGGUGUCCAAAACUAAGGAAUGUUCGAAGACGUCGUAAAAUCGAAAAUAUUACAAUAACAGAAAGUACAACUUAAUGAUUUUAUAAUAUAUGUUAAUAUGAUAAUUAUGGUUUUUAUCCAAAAUUACAAAUAGUUACUUAAAAUGGUCAUUAAAAUCAUAUCUGUACCUGAAUUCCAAUUUCAUUCUCUGGAACUUUUAAAAACAAGCCUUACGUAAGGCUGCGUUAAAAUGUUUAAAAAUGUUCUAAAGUUUGUAUUUAGUAACACAUUAUAAAGCAACAUUUUGUCGUACGAUAUAAUCAAACCAGUAAAAACUAUUUAUUUGUAUAAUAAUAUUAAAAUAAGGUUAAGCAGCCUACGCGCAACCUGUUUCGACACUCUCGGCGGCCUUAAAGCAACAAGACGUACUUCCUGAGCGCAUUGUGGCUUAGGCGAUUUCAUUGAUGGAUAAGUGAAAGCAGCCCAUCCAAACUUAACUAUUUCAAAAAUAUUUGAACCGAUAUUAAUUUUGAGUAAAAAUAAUAUCAAUUCGGAUUCAAUAGAACAAUUUGUAAUUGAAACAAUUAACAAUGCAAAUAAAAAAUACUGUAAUAAGACUAGAGAAAAUGUUUUAGUAUAAAGGUUGAAACAAACCGUUGCUUGGAUUUACCCCGUGACAAAGAUAAAUCUGACAAAUAAAACUUUUAACUUUUACC